UGAAAACAGAUAAUGUUAUGAAUUACGUACGCAACUUUACUUGCAUGGGACAUCUAUCUAUAAAAUACGCUCAUGAACCAUUUCAUGCAAAGUUAAGAUACAGCAAAAUCCAUCACAAAGAAAGAAACAUUUCCAAAAGGCAGUUAUAGUGACAAUAAUGGGCAAGAUCUUGGUGAUAAUGCUAGUUUGUAUUUUCAUGGCUUUCCAAAGCUUGGAAGCUCUUGAUUAUGGAGAUGCACUAAACAAGUCCAUUUUGUUCUUUGAAGGCCAACGAUCCGGUAAACUACCGGUGAACCAACGUGUUACAUGGCGAGCCGAUUCUGCCCUGUCCGACGGUAAACCGGAUAAUGUGAAUUUGAUUGGAGGAUACUAUGAUGCGGGUGACAAUGUAAAAUUUGUUUGGCCAAUGUCAUUUACCACAACCUUAUUAAGUUGGGCCGCCAUUGAAUACCAAAAUGAAAUUUCAUCCGUAAACCAACUCAGUUAUCUUCGCUCUUCUAUCAAAUGGGCAACCGAUUUUAUCAUCCUUGCUCAUGCUUCCCCCACCACUCUAUAUACACAUGUAGGAGAUGGAAAUUCAGAUCAUAGUUGCUGGGAGAGACCAGAAGAUAUGGACACAGCCAGAACUCUCUACAAGAUUAAUUCUUCUUCCCCUGGCUCUGAAGCGGCCGGCGAAGCCGCAGCCGCGCUUGCCUCUGCAGCACUUGUUUUCGAAACGGUCGACUCUAAUUAUUCAUCCAAGCUACUAAGCCAUGCAAAAUCCCUAUUUGAAUUUGCUGAUCAGUACAGAGGCUCUUAUCAAGCCUCAUGCCCUUUCUACUGCUCAUACUCAGGCUACCAGGACGAGUUAUUGUGGGCUGCGGCUUGGCUAUACAAAGCAACAGGAGAAAAUAAAUACAUAAGUUAUGUCAUAAGCAAUCAAGAUUGGAGCCAAGCGGUGAAUGAAUUCAGCUGGGACAAUAAGUUUGCCGGAGCUCAGGCUUUACUCGCAUCGGAGUUUUACAAAGGGAAAAAUGACUUGGGAAAAUUUAAGAAAGAUGUUGAGUCGUUCAUCUGUGCAUUGAUGCCAGGAAGUAGCUCUCAACAAAUUGAACCAACCCCUGGUGGCCUUUUGUUUACUAGAGACAGUAGCAACAUACAAUAUGUAACAACGGCAAUAACGGUGUUGUUCCAUUACUCAAAAACUUUAACACAAGCCCAGGUCGGUUCAAUCCAGUGCGGGUCAACCAAGUUCACGGUAUCUCAAAUUCAGAAUUUUUCUAAAUCACAGGUGGACUACAUCCUUGGAAAUAAUCCAAUGAAAAUGUCUUACAUGGUCGGAUACGGGAAUAAGUACCCAACACAGCUUCAUCAUAGAGGCUCAUCUUUACCGUCGAUCAAAUCUAAACCGGAGAAAAUCGACUGUAAUGGAGGAUAUUCAUACUAUAAUUCUGAUCAACCAAACCCAAAUGUCCAUACGGGUGCAAUUGUGGGCGGACCGGAUUCAUCAGACGAGUUUAGCGACGAAAGAUCAGACUACUCGCAUGCAGAGCCCACAACUUACAUCAACGCCGCCUUUAUUGGACCUGUAGCUGCUCUGAUUGGCCUGAAAUCCAACUAGAGCACCGGGAUCAAUUCUACCGGACAAUUAGCAAAGAAAAUUAUUAUACAUCAACAGCUAUUAAACUACAAAUUUGAAUAAUUAACCAAGGAAUAUACUAUUUGCUUGAAGGAAUAAUAUACCAUUUACUUGAAGGAAUAUACCAUUUACUUAACUAGGAUGAAUACCCCCGCGAAUUCGCGGGGGAAACGAUGCAAUUUAAAAUUACUAAUCAUAUAUAUAUAUAUAUAUAUAUAUUUGGGUUGGUAAUCUAAAUGAAUGUGAAUUAUAAAUUUGGACAUUAUAUUUGCACCCUUUAUGUUUGCACUCUUUCAGUGACAUUAUGUUUGCCUUUCAGUGACAUUAUGUUUGUCCCUUUUUGGUAACUUUACUUUAACACACUUUCCAUAAUGUUAUAUAUGAACCCUUUCGGUAAAGUGAUGUUCACACCUCUUCAGUGAUGAUUCGUUCUCACACUUUCAGUGACAACAUUUUGCACCACUUCGGUGAUGAUACAUUCACACUUGUUUGUUCACAAAACGUUUGCACCUCUUGGACACAACACAUUUGCGCUACUUUGGACACGACACGUUUGUGCCCCUUUGGACACUGUUCGCACCCUUUUGGUGACGAACUAUUCGCACCUCUCUAGGCAAGACAUGUUCGUACACCUAAGGUGAUGACCCAUUCACACCUCUUUGGUGACGACACUUUUCACCUUUUCGGUGACGACCUAUUUGCACUCUUUAAGUGAUAACUUCUUCGCACUCCUUUGGUGAUGAUCCGUUCGCAUUUGGUAUGUUGCACCUCUUCGGUGACAACAUGUUUGCACCUCUUCGGUGACGAUACAUUCGCACCUCUUCGGUUACGACAUGUACCUCUUCGGUUACGACAGGUUCGCACAUGUUCAGGGUAUCAUAAGGUUAUUAAUAAUUUCUAAAACAAUCAAUAACUUUAUAGAAUAGAUAUUAACAACUCUUUGGUAUUUUAUUCGAUUAUAGUAUUUAAGAUAUGUGUUACACUGUCUAGACACUUAGAAAUUUAUAUCAUUUUGGUUAGAAAUACAGAAGUAUCGAAUAAUGAAGAUGAAGAAGAAAUGCGGAAGUGGUCAAUAUAUAUGUGUGUGAAAAUGCAAUUUUCAAAAGAGUGUGCAUUUAGAAAAGUGUUGGUUAACAAAAGAAACGAAAAGACACCUUUUGCAUUAGUAAUUCGAUGAACUCACACCUUUAUCGAUCAAAUAAAUUAUAUGAAUUAGAUUGCAUAACCAAAACAAACUUAACCAUAAGUUUUUAGUUAAACACUUCAAUUUAUUAAUCAAUAAAAAAGAGUGUAUCACUCAAAAACUAAAAAGAUAUGCUAAAAGGUGCGUUGUUCAGAAAACUAAGGAUGCACAUGAAAGACUGUUUCAUUCAUAACUAAAAGAGUUGUAUGAAUAGGUGCAUCGUUCAGAAAUUAACAGAUGCAAGGUG